AUAUUGCAGGUGCUUGUCAAAAUUAACGUUGAUUUUAAGUUUUUUUUAAGGAAAAAGUCUUAUUUAAUUGGUAUAAAAGGCUAUAUUUAACUGAGAAUUGGUAUAUUGAGGAAAUUAUGAACAAGAUGUAAUUUAAAAUCGGGGCGAUACACUUGCCCCCGCUGCAACAUUCUUUAUUGCUCAACAACUUGUUAUCAAUCCAUAACCCACAAUAAUUGUUCAGAAAGUUUUUUUAAAGAUUGCGUUGAUGAAAUGCUCCAAUCCGUUAACAAAGAUCCAAAGAAUAAACGUGACGUUGAAGAGCUUUUAAAGCGAGUUAACGGCGAUUUCAAUGAAAUUGAUGCGCAAUUAUUAGAUUCCGAUGAUGAUGAGAACUGCCCGGACGACAUUAACACCCUCCAAGAGCGAUUAGAAGGAGUCGAUUUAGAUGAUUCGGAGUUAGUUUGGUCGAAAUUAAGUGAAAACGAGCGAAGGGAGUAUUUCGAAUUUUUACAAAAUGGAGAAAUGAACGAGAUUGUUGAAGCCGUGUGGAAACCGUUUUGGGGAAAUAAGUUUGAAACUAAAAUUAUCGAAGUAGAAAAAUUGGAGGAGUUAAAAACGAAGUGCCCGAAAAUUUUAAAAAUUAAAGAUUUUAAUUCAAUUUCCAAUAAAAGCCCAUCGGAUUGCGUCCAAUUCAAUCUUAUCAACAUCUUAGCAUCUUACGCUUUUACGACUCGUUACUUCGACGGAGAUCAUUUUAAAGAAGCUGCUGAAGCUGUGUCUUGUAUUACCCAAAUUAGUUCUGUUUUUAAAUCAAACGGGAGGUUUCAAAAUUACGAGGAGGCUGUUAAAUCGGUUAUUUAUGAAUACAAAAAUUUGAGUUGGGUUGAGACAUCGGGCGAAAACGAGAAAUUAUUAUGGGGGGAUUUAAAAGAUAUAUUAGAGGGGCCUCAUGACACAGAAAAGAAUUUUUACGCUCUUUGUUGUUUAUCCGAUUUAUCCCGACUGUUUAAAAGCGCCCUAAAUGGAAUAAUUGAUACAAAUAAAUCGAAAGGAUUUCAGAACGACGAAAUUAAAUUUGAAACGAGGGAUAGGAUUAAAAUGCACAUUAAAAAAGUCGAUUAUUAUUUAUCCUACGUUAAAGAUUUAUUUUAAAUUAAGUUUUUUGAGGUUAAUUUGAUUUAGGUAUUAAAUAAUAGAUGUCGUUGUUUCGUUGACACAUUUAAGACGUAAUAAAAUGACAGAUGUCAAUUUAA